GAAAAGAAGAAAUAAGAGUAUAGAAUAUGAGAAAGCAAAGUCUAGGGUUUUUUUUUUUUUUCUCUAUAAACUUGCAAUAGAAUAUGGCAGUAUGCUUAUUCUAGAACUAAGAUUUGCAUUCUUGAGAAUUCUGUGUUUCAUAGAAAUAUUCAAAAUAUAGCAUGCCCUAUAUAUUUGAAGUUAACUUUUGGUCUUAUAUUUUCCUGCAUUUAGCAUGGGAAAUAAAGAUGAUUAAGAGUAAAGAUGGUGACUUUUUUUGUUUGCUUAAUUUUUAUUUUUAUAGAUGUGUGUGUUGAGGCUUAUACAAGUUAUUUGAUCAGUUGAAAAGAUUGAAAAAAAUCUUAAAUUCACAAAGUUCUAAAGAAACCUCUGCACUAGAAGCAAGCAGCCCUCUCUGGACUAGACAGAUUUUGGAGAGAAUUGCCACAGAAUUUAACCAGUUACAGUUUCAUGCUGUUCAGAGCAAAGGCAUGCCUCUUCUGGACAAAGUAAGACCACGUAUAGCCAGCAUUACGGCCAUGCUGCAGCAGUCCCUGGGAGGCCUGCUGCUAGAAGGGCUUCAGACUUCCAAUGUGGACAUCAUAUGGCACUGCCUCCGGACCUACGCUACAAUUGACAAGACACGGGACGCACAGGCGUUAGUCAGUCAAGUACUGGUGAAACCGUACAUGGAUGAGGUGAUUGUAGAGCAGAUCGUUGAGUCUCAUCCGGACGGCCUGAAGAUCAUGUAUGCUAAUAAGCUCCUGGAGUUCGUUCCUCACCACUGCCGCCUUCUUCGAGAGGUCACAGGAGGAGCCAUCUCAAGGUUCUGUUCCGGGAUCCCACUGGAAUUCUACGCACCUGUCCCCUAAGAUGCCAUAAAAUGUGGUCCAGUUUCCCAGCCAGCCAAGGAAAGCACAUGGGAAAUCUUGCUGAAGUAUGAGUAAGAGCCAAUGAAAGAGAACAUAUUUAUCUGCCUCAAAUGCUGGGACCUGAGGAAAGCAAGUUUCAUUACAGACAAAUCAGGAAGGAUGUGCAGAUUGCUUUUUAUGUCACUCUGGAGUGGAGGUCUGCUCACUCACAGAAGCUCAGAAUCUUCACAAAGGACAAUGCCCCCCACCCCCAAAGUCAGCUGGCGAUUCUCAGAAAACUUUAAUUGAAGGAUUCUCCAACUUCACAAAAUGCAGGAGGAACAUCUACAAGCAAGACUGUCACCACUUUUAGACAAUUACACUUAUUUACAUUUUUUCUUCCUAGAAAAUGAUCCUCUCUCCCAAUCCAUGAUCUUCUUUUUGUAACAGUUUCCUAAAGAAGGAAACAGGUGUCCUCCCAUUCCAGUUCCAUUCAAAAGAAUAAAAUAAAAAUCUUUAAAAUUAAAAAAAUUGUGAUUUGUUGAGACAGAGCACAUAAGCAGAGAGACAAGCAGACUCUCCCACUGA